AGUGUCCGAACGUUUCUGAAUUCAUGUCGCGUCAGAAGGACCACGGUCUCAUCGUGUGAACAUAAUAUAUUUCGACUGGCGACGAUUAAAUAAAGAAUUGAUCAUCGAAUAAGUCAUAACUUAUAAAUACAGUAUUACGUUGGUCAUUCGACAUUGGCGUUCCGCGAUCGCUAUAAAUCUAAACCGGUACCGUUCUCUAGAUGCUUUUUACAUGCCGCCGGACAAACUUUACUCAAAAUAAGUCCGUGUUAUCGAGUCACACAGCUAUCGGUAGAUAAAGAGUUAAGGCACAGAUCUCUCGAUUCCAAGUAUUCAAGGUGAUGCCUUAGUCGCCGUCAUGUCCACGGUCGCGGUCAAUGUUCAAGCAGAAAAGAAGAUCGUUUGCUACUUCGGUAGCUGGACCGUCUAUCGACCAGGGAACGGGAAGAUUGAGAUAAAGGACAUCGACCCGAGCCUUUGCACGCACAUGAUCUACAGUUUCGUUGGUCUUAACACGGAUGGUACCAUUAAGAUCAUGGACCCUUGGGCCGAUUUGCCUGACGGCGGAGGCAAAGACGGCUUCGGCAAGUUCGUCGCUCGCAGCAAACAGGGCGGUGCCAAAGCUAUGAUCGCGAUCGGUGGCUGGAACGAGGGUUCUGCCAAGUAUUCCCAGGUAGUUGGCAACCCGGGACUCCGGUCCCAGUUCGUUCGGAACGUGGUCAGUUUCCUGCAACGGUACAAGUUCGACGGUUUCGACGUCGACUGGGAGUAUCCUAACCAGCGCGGUGGCCAAUGGAGCGACCGAGAGAACUUUGUGGCUCUGUUGAGGGAGCUGAGACAGGCUUUCGAUAGCCACGGUUACACCCUCAGCGUGGCCGUUGGCGCCGCCGAGAAGUCUGCUUCUCAGUCCUAUAUCAUUAAUCAAGUGGCUCAGUAUGUUCACUUCAUCAACUUGAUGACCUAUGACAUGAACGGAUCCUGGAACAAUUGGGUUGGCCUCAAUGCCCCUCUCUAUGCUGCUACUCGGGAAAAAGGAGAGCAAGCUAAACUCAACGUUGACGCUUCCGUCCAUUACUGGCUCUCUCAAGGUGCUCCCGCUGACAAG